UUUUUUUUUCAAGAAUCCCUUCUUGAGCAGAAUUUAAAAGCUCGAGGUCACAUUUGCAUCUUUCUUCUGAAGUUCCAUUGUAAGCUUGAUCCUAUUGAGAUGUACUGGGGCUGGUGCAAGCAUUGGUACUGUAAAAUUUACAAAGUCAAAUUUAAGGAUGCAAAGAAAGUGGCACAGCAAUGCCUCAAUAAGUGUCCUGUCAAGGUGAUUUGCCAAUUUUUUAAUCAACCAUGGUGGUUUAUGGAUGCAUAUCAUAAGGGGCUUAUAGGGAAAGUGGCAGAGUGGGCUGUAUGCAAACAGAAGUCACACAGAAGGGUUGGGCAGUGCGCAAUGAUGUCUGUUGAUACAAUGCUGACCUGA